CUCUAUCUCUAAGUCGGUCGCUCUCUCCGCUGCCAGGGGCACAACACAUGAUAUAAGUGAUCAAGGGGGAAGCUCCUCUGUUUGGCAAAAGAUGAGUUGCGUUCAAGCUACUGCCAUCAAGCCAUAUGGUUAUCUCGCCUGUCGUGACAGGACGUCCCCGUCCCCGUCGUACAGCUUUCUUUCCGGUCAUUGUGUUUUGCCUGUUGAUGCUAAUCGCUCAUCUGGGACAUCUUUCAAGCUAUCUGACAAGAAGCUCCUGUCCCCGCAAUUUAUGCCGGUGCCAAAGCACAGGCGACGUUUGCCUGUAUUACGCUACCAGCAACUGAUACCUCUUGGCUUGUUCGGCGGCAAAGGAAAAUCAGAAAAUGAGAACGAGGGUUCCGCUUGGAAGUCUCUUGAGAAAGCAAUGGGAAGUUUUCGCAAAGACCAGUCGAUUGAGGAUUUACUGAGGCGGCAAAUUGAAAAACAAGAGUUCUAUGGUGAUGGAGGCUCCGGCAAAGGACCACAAGGGGGUGGUGGAGGUAGUGGUGGCAGCGGUGGUGGUUCUAGUGGAAAUGACGAUGAAGGUUUUGCUGGGAUCAUGGAUGAAACACUGCAAGUAGUUUUGGCAACACUUGGCUUUAUAUUUCUGUAUAUCUAUAUAAUAACUGGAGAGGAGCUGUUUCGGCUAGCUAAGGAUUACCUCAAGUAUCUUUUUGGAGGAAGUCAGAGUGUUAGAUUAAGACGUGCCAUGUACCAGUGGGGAAGAUUUUACAAGAAGCUGACAGAGAAGAAAGAGUAUGAUGAAUAUUGGUUAGAGAAGGAAAUAAUUAAUACCCCGACCUGGUGGGAUAGUCCGGAGAAGUACAGGCGCCUGGCGAGAUCCUAUGAAGAAGCUUCUCACCAAUCUUCGAGCUAUGAUGAUGAACUCUGAGCAAUUCUUCUUUGUCUUGCCGAGUCAUUUUAGAAUGAAAGGUGAGAUUAUUCCAUGCUUCUAGUGCUGCAGUGAUCCAAAGCUCAAUUUUGGUAGACUAUGAGAAAGCUGUCUUGUGUAAUUGCUACACCAUCUGUCAUGGAGAUUUUUGUGCAAAAUUACAUAGAAAGGUUGGUUUUCUUUCA